CCGAAAGACCAAAGGCACCUGCUCGCUGGGACAUUCUGCGGUGCCUGGUUCAUCAUCUAGAGCCGCAGCGAGAGAAACAACAAGCUCUAUACUACCGCUUUGCUGUAGCGCAGCCUCUGUGAUUGUCUUGUGCAGGUACGGAGUGUUUGUUGCCACGACUCUCGCACCGCCCUGCUCCGAAUCAGGAACGCCCUCGCUGCUGAAUCAGACAGGGGCGCACUUCCGGCAAUACGAUCUCGUUCGAUAUAAAGAUGAGGGCAGGCAACGAGGGUUUGCACUCCCUGCAACUUCUACAUUCUCCCCAUCAUGCUCGCUCUCCGCAUCUUCCUCGCUGCUCUGGCCGCUGUGCCUGCUUUGUGUCUGGUCACCUCACGUGCGGAGGCCAGCAAGCCUGACAAGGUCGGCUACCUACUGACGCACUUUUACCCAGUGGAGGGAAAAGAGCAGGUCUAUUUCCACCUCAGCAAAGGCAACGACGCUCUUGCGUACGAGCCCCUAAACAAGGACCAGCCCGUACUCAACAGCACCAUCGGGUCGAAGAGUGUUCGAGACUCGUUCAUCGCCUACAACCCCGACGCCAACAAGUACUGGCUCAUUGGUAAUAACCAGUCCUUGGCCGGUCUCUCUGGCCCUGGAUCUUAUUAUCAGGGCUACGACGGCAUCGUAGUCUUCGACGGACAGGAUGACACGCUCACUAGCUGGUCCAAGCCCCGUCUCCUGUCUGUCGCAGGAGAAGGCUCUCUGCACGUCUUUGCUCCCGAGGCCAUCUGGCUCCCUUCUCGCAAGGAGUUCAUGCUUCACUGGUCUGGCGCCUACAAGAAGGAUCCCACCCAGCGUAUCUACGCCUGCUACACCGCCGACUUCACUUCUUGCUCGAAGCCUUUCGCCUACUACGAGGAGGCUGACCGAGUAGGCGAUAUGAGCAUCCGCAAGCUCACAGACUCUCCUCACGGCUUUGUGCGCUUCUGGGUGUCCAACGGAAACGACAGCAGAAUCCUCGGACAGUACUCUGAGAACGGUGUCCGGGGUGACUGGAAGGACAUUCUCCCUGCCGAGAAGCCAGCGAUGAGUGCCAAGGGUAUCGAUCCCGCCUCGGGUGGGAGCGGACCUCUCGUCUUCCAGGACAACAUCGACCCCCGAACAUACUACGUCUGGAUCAUCGAAGGCUCCUACGAACCGUUCGAGACCAACAACAUCCGUGUCCUCCCCUACUCUUACGUCGGCAACCACCCAGGCUUCCCCAAGGACGUCCAGCAGGGCAAUGUCAUCUCUGUCAACCAGAAGCAGUACGAUGCCCUGAAGAAGAAGUGGGGCAGCGCGGAGGGCAAGUGA